UUGCCCAGCCGAAUUGUCAACAACUUCUUGCCUCUCGGUGGUACGAUGAGUUCCCAGGCUGGAGGAGAAGACACUGGGCAGUGAAGAUGGUGACCUGUUUCAUAAUAGGACUUCUUUUUCCUGUCUUCUCUGUGUGCUACCUGAUAGCUCCUAAAAGCCCACUUGGACUGUUCAUCAGAAAGCCAUUUAUCAAGUUUAUCUGCCACACAGCCUCCUAUUUGACCUUUUUGUUCCUGCUGCUGCUUGCCUCUCAGCACAUCGACAGGUCAGACUUGAACAGACAAGGUCCACCACCAACCAUCGUGGAGUGGAUGAUAUUACCAUGGGUCCUGGGUUUUAUAUGGGGAGAAAUUAAACAGAUGUGGGAUGGCGGACUUCAAGAUUACAUCCAUGACUGGUGGAAUCUAAUGGAUUUUGUGAUGAACUCCUUGUAUUUAGCAACAAUCUCCUUGAAGAUUGUCGCAUUUGUCAAGUACAGUGCUCUUAAUCCGCGAGAGUCAUGGGACAUGUGGCAUCCCACGCUGGUGGCUGAGGCUUUAUUUGCUAUUGCAAACAUCUUCAGUUCUCUGCGUCUGAUCUCGCUGUUUACUGCAAAUUCUCACCUGGGACCUCUACAAAUAUCUCUGGGAAGAAUGCUCCUGGACAUUUUGAAGUUUCUAUUCAUAUACUGCCUUGUAUUGCUAGCAUUUGCAAAUGGCCUAAAUCAAUUAUACUUCUAUUAUGAAGAAACUAAAGGUUUGAGCUGCAAAGGCAUACGGUGUGAAAAGCAGAACAACGCAUUCUCAACGUUAUUUGAAACACUCCAAUCCCUGUUUUGGUCAAUAUUUGGGCUCAUCAAUUUAUAUGUGACCAACGUCAAAGCUCAGCAUGAGUUCACUGAGUUUGUUGGUGCCACCAUGUUUGGGACAUACAAUGUCAUCUCUCUGGUUGUCCUACUCAACAUGUUAAUAGCUAUGAUGAAUAAUUCUUACCAACUAAUUGCUGACCAUGCAGAUAUAGAAUGGAAAUUUGCUCGAACAAAGCUUUGGAUGAGUUAUUUUGAAGAAGGAGGUACACUGCCUACUCCUUUCAAUGUCAUCCCAAGUCCCAAGUCCCUCUGGUACCUGGUCAAAUGGAUAUGGACACACCUAUGCAAGAAAAAGAUGAGAAGAAAGCCAGAAAGUUUUGGAACAAUAGGGAGGCGAGCUGCUGACAAUUUGAGAAGACAUCAUCAAUAUCAAGAAGUUAUGAGGAACCUGGUGAAGAGAUAUGUUGCAGCCAUGAUUAGAGAUGCUAAAACUGAAGAAGGGCUGACUGAAGAGAACUUUAAGGAACUAAAGCAAGACAUUUCUAGUUUCCGUUUUGAAGUUCUGGGAUUACUAAGAGGAAGCAAACUUUCUACAAUACAGUCUGCAAAUGCCACCAAGGAGUCUCCGAAUUCAGCAGACUCUGACGAAAAGAGUGAUAAUGAAGGUAAUUGCAAGGACAAGAAAAAGAAUCUCAGCCUUUUUGAUUUAACCACUCUGAUUCAUCCGAGGUCAGCAGCAAUUGCCUCCGAAAGACAUAACAUAAGCAAUGGUUCUGCCCUGGUGCUGCAGGGGCAACCGAGGGAGAAGCAGAGAAAAGUGAAUUUUGUGGCUGAUAUCAAAAACUUCGGGUUAUUUCAUAGACGUUCAAAACAAAACGCUACUGAGCAAAAUGCAAACCAAAUCUUCUCUGUUUCAGAAGAAGUUGCUCGUCAACAGGCGGCAGGACCACUUGAGAGAAGUAUUCAACUGGAAUCCCGCGGACUAGCUACACGGGGUGACCUGAGCAUUCCUGGUCUCAGUGAACAGUGUGUGUUAGUAGACCAUAGAGAAAGGAAUACGGACUCAUUGGGUUUGCAGGUAGGCAAGAGAGCGUGUUCGUUCGAGUCAGAGACGGUGGUGGUGGAAGACACUGUUCCUAUAAUACCAAAGGAGAAACAUGCCAAGGAAGAGGACUCUAGCAUAGACUAUGAUUUGGACCUCAUGGGCACAGUCACCCACGAAGAUUAUGUGACCACAAGGUUGUGAUGCUUGGAGGAGGCAGUGGUUACCAUACAUAUACAUACUUGCCAUAGUGCUCCAGCUGGGGAAAAUGUUUAACAUUAAAUUAGCAAAUGCCAACUUACACUUUCUAGCAUUUACCAACUCUGGCAUAUUAGCCUGCAACAUGUUUUAAAAGGCAAAGGCAGUCAAGAACCUUUGUGUUUUGUCGCCAGCUUUUGCUUUCACAAUUUGUUUUUCAAUUGUUUUUGUUAAUCAAUAAAUGCACCUUGUAUUCUUGUACUGUUGCAAUAA